GAAUGCUAAUCCAUAAGAUUUUUAAAACCAAAGGCCUGUAUGUGAGACCAUCAAGGACCAUUUUAGUAAGUUUGCUUUCUUUCUUUUAUUUGUUUUUAAUACUUUUCACUGAAUAGAAUUGUAUCUUUCGAAAAUGAAAUGUAAACUGUUUAUUACUUGUAGCAGUAUACAAUAUAUACAAUUAAAGCAAAGGUUUGAGCGCAAUCAAACCAGAGAAAAGCACAAACAAAGGUUCCUUGUUUUAAUCGGUCAAACGAUAACUUGUUUCUAAUAUGGUUAUUUAAUUUCAAAGUUGUGAUUUUUGCUUUUGAUAUAUAUUUUUGGUCUUUCUUUUUCUGUUUAAGACUGACUCAGAUGAAGAAAAUGAAUGUUCCAACAUCACUACCAGAUCAACAUUAAGCAGUUGUGCAACUGCUAAGGACCAGGAUGAUGACUGUUUGGAAGUUUAUGGUUCACAAAUCCACACUGGCAGACCUAGCACCACCAGGGUUGCUACAAGAGCAAUGAGAAGUAGGGAUGACCCCUGUACUAGCAGUCAGGAUGGAGAUGGAAACCCUGGCACUGGCAGUGGUGAUGAACAUGGCUAUGGCAUCACACACGCCACCAGAAGUGUUGUUAGAAGGCGUACAGCAAUGCAAGGAAGUGGCACUAGUGGUCACGAUGGAGGCUGUCUUGCAAGAAGUGAUGGCAACCCUGGCACAAGCGGUGAUGAUGGAGGCAGCCUUGCAAGAAGUGAUGGCAACCCUGGCACAAGCGGUGAUGAUGGAGGCAGCCUUGCAAGAAGUGAUGGCAACCCUGGCACAAGCGGUGAUGAUGGAGGCAGCCUUGCAAGAAGUGAUGGCAACCCUGGCACAAGUGGUGAAGAUGGUGACUACUCUUCAUAUUUGAGACUUAUGGCUGCUCUUCCUGAUGACUCUUCAGAUGAUGAGGAGUUCAACCAGGCUAUAAUUGCCAGUAUGGAGAGUCAAAUUGUAGAAAAGGUCCCGGUUCAAGAGAUACUGCUGGAACUCUCAAGCAAAAUCAACACAAAGCAACAGUGCAAAUUUAAUAUAAAUCGCUCUGCUGUCUGGGAGGGAGCCGUGCGAGGAUUUCAAAGGGUGUCCUAUAACCCCAACUUGAUGAUCUGCGUGAAAUUCUCAGAUGACAUGGGGAGAAAUGAGGAAGGGAUUGAUUUAGGAGGGCCAAGGAGGAAUUCUUGA